UACAUGGCAGCGAUUUUUUGGUCUGUUUUAAAUGUGUUAACAUUUAGCGUUGAUGUCACAUUGUUGUAAGAUGAAUUUCAUUUAAACAAGAAAAAUGGAUUUGGUAAACAUAGAUCUAAUGGCGGAGUCAUAGUCGGAGAUUUCUGAGGCCGUUCUUUGUUUACAUUUUCUUGAGAACCAGUUGUUAAAAUAAUGUGAAUGUUUCAUUUAAACCCUUGUCGUGGAUAAUCUAAUUCUGUUUAUUUAGCAGUAACGGAUGAGCGCGAUCUCUCUGUGUCAUGUGCAGUAUGAUGAGUGGACGCUAGUUCUUCUGUUCGAGAGCGAAUGUGUAGGCCUAUAUUAUGUGAGAAGCCAAGAGAUCGAGACUCAGAAGUCAGUGAGGAAGUGUGUCUAACAUGUCUCCUUGCAAGUGCAGGCAACUCCUAUUUACGAUUCUCGUGUCCAUUUUGAUUGUCGUUACAGGUCAACAAGAGUGUGACGUCCAGCUUCCUGAUUUGAUUCACGUGAAGGAGACAGACCCAGCAGGCACAGAAGUACUAACAGUUAAAGCUUCUCUUGGGACAGUCUGGACAUACAGCCUGGAGUCUCCUCAGCACAGUGCACUCAAAGGCUAUUUUAAUUUUACGCCAAGCGACAACAAGCUGACCUUCAUUCUCAGGCUGACCCGACCCCUUGACCUGGAAGCAAUCAAGAGGUCAUUGAAAGUCAACCUGGAUGUCCUCCUGUUCUCACUGUACUGUCACUCGGGAAAGCUAAGCAGUAUGAAGUAUAUAGUGCCACUAGGUGUCGCUGCAGUGAACGAGUUCCCGCCAACUUUCAAUACUUCCAGAAUCAGCCUUGAAGUAAAUGAGACAACUCCGAUUGGUCGAAACUUGCUGUCCUUGGUUGAUUGGUCACAUGAUGAUGACGUUAACUUCUCAGAACGAGAGAUUUACGACUUUACACUAUCAGCCAAUCAAUCGGACUCACGGACAAACGCCCUGAACUGGAUACACAUAUCCAACGCCUACGACGGAGUACUCACUCUGAAAAGGUCUUUGGACUACGAGAGUCUACCUGAGAAUAAAAAGUAUUUGACCACAGGGGUCACUGUCAAGGAUAUUGGGGGUUUGACCGGCACGGCAAUCGUAACUUUGUAUGUCCUUGACGAAGAUGACCUGCCACCGGUCUUUCACUUUCCUGGAUGUAUGCCGCCAUGUUCAGCCUCCUACAGUGCAGACGUUUCAGGCAAUACCACAGGAGUUCUGACAGACGUAGCACCAGGUCCAAUUAAAGCAACAGAUGGAGAUGCACUGAACUAUAACAUCACUUACAGUAUCAGCCAAGGUCCAGAAAACUUCAUCGAAUUUUUCCGUAUUAACCCAACCUCCGGGGAAGUAGCAAUCCUUCAAGAACUAGAACAAACUGGUUUGAUGGUCAUCUUACUUCUAAUUGAGGCACGUGAGGUGUCGCCACUGAAGAGGUCAUCCAAGGUCACACUGCUAGUUACAGUUCGGGAUGGGCUGAUGGCACACCGCGCCGGCUAUCUCUUGGUUAUUGUCAUCGUCAUUGCGAUUAUUCUCUUCAUCGCUGUCAUCGCCCUGACCACUGGCUGCCUUGUCUGGAGGAUGAAGUACAAGUCUCAGGUCCACUCAGUGGUCAUGCAGGAGAUCAGCCAAGACUCUGUGAUCCGAGCAAACCCCUUUAACGGAGGACACUUGAACGACCACGUGACAGCCAAGAGAGAUAAUGACUUGCAGCUGGACCAAACAGAGCCACUCAAAAGUAUGGAGAUUCCAACAACCGAAACAAACCUCAGAGGUGACUCCAUUGAUGUCAAUUUCAACCAGACGAGUGAUUUCUUGCCAAAUGUUGAACAGCUGGAAACUGAGUACGCAGAGGUGGACAUUGACAACACAUCACAAUGGCAGAGGAUAUCUACUCAUGCUCAUAAUUCUUACGACAAAGGUCAUAAUGAUCUAGCACCACCACCUGCUCAAUAUGUGGACAACCUUGGUUACGAGCUGCCUCGGAGUUCUCACCGCCCUAGAACGAACUUUGACCCUGAGGGCCGUACGCUUGCUGGGGGAUACACAUGCAGACCCCUUCCCGUACCCACUGACACCCUGGACGACGAGAACCCGUACGCCACCGUUCACAAGAUGAGGUCCUUUUUCAGGAGCGGCUUGGAUGACCCCGAGGGUGCGAUCGUCAGCAAAUUCAAAUCGCCUCUCGUUUCGAAUGCCGUCAGCAUUGACGUCUUUGACGCCACGAGAGACUAUCAGGAGCUGGAGGUUUACUUCGGUUCCUACACAGGCACCAGCAGCAGCGGAGAGAUGGAUAGGUCAGUGGACGUGCAGGAUCUGAGCCUUGACCCUCGGGACAAUCUCUAUUGGACUGUUGUCACAGCUCAGGACGAUGAUAAUCUACCCGAGAGAUUCCCAGACAGCUAUGUCUAAUUAAAAAAUAAACAUGAAUCCCUCCACCAUUUUCAAAUCAAAUAUGAACGUUUUCGUUUUAAAGCUAGUUUUUACUAAGUGGAACCCCCUGUAAGAAUGUUGUGACCUCUGUUAACAAGCUCAUCCUUGGAAGCGUAAAACGUAUUAAGGACACCUUUGAUGCGACCAUAGAGAGAAAUAAUUAUAGAGGAAAAAACUGGGCGAAUCAUUUUUGAACAUAAGUUUUAACCAAGACAACCUCAGGAAUCUGGAACUCCCAUCGUAGCAGAAGUUUAAACCCAGAAAAUUACUUUUUAAUCCAUUUUAACAUUUAACUAAGUUUAAGCCCAGACCUUUGAAUUCAGAUGGAACGAAAACUUAAGUUCAUAAUCAUAUAUCCUAUCAUUACAAUUAUUGGCCUCCAUAAUUGUAUUGUUAUUUACUCUGACCUUAAUGUAAUCAAUUAGAAACGUAAAUUUGGCAUUUAACAAUUCGGUAUCAGGCUUAGAUAAAUGAUCGCUUUGACCUCCAUAUAAGUUCUUAAUACCUGGCCACUAGUUUUUCCCUAAUUGAGAUGUUCGUAUAAUUGUAAUAAAUUAACAAUAUGUGUGACUCUUGAAUGGUUUGCUCUAAUUGCAUGCAUAAAUAUCUAUACAACGGAUGUAACAUUAUGAUGCCGAAGUAUACUAAAAUAAUCGUAUCCAUGUUUGCUAUCAUACUGGUGUACCAGCCAAUAGGGGGCGAUACAUCAUUACUGAAAACAUAUCUUUAUUGGAGAUUUUCAUACAAGGCGGGAAAAAAACUAUAAAGAGCUAGCUUUUUGGUGCAUCCGGUGUACAAAAUAAAGGGAGUGUUGAUAAGCUAGGCUUUUUUUUUGAAGGUAAAUAAUAAUUUGUAUGCACUUAUAAGCACUGCACAGUUUCUAAGCUUUUCCUUUUGUAUCCCCCACCACCACCACCAAAUAAAAUUCACUAUAAAGAAAGUACCUUCAGUCUUAAGACUUAAAGCUUUUUUCAAAAACAAAUCAAGACCAACUGAUACGCAUGGAAAUAUUGUUGACAAUUUCGCUCAAUUCUUUUUAAAACAGUUGGCAACGGUGAAGCUCAGUUUUGUGUCCUUGACCUUGUUUAGUUUCUCGUCCAAAUGUCCCACUUCAAGAUCAGUAUUUGUAGACAUAAUAUAUGUGUGAACUGUGCUGAUUUACUGAACACUGGUAAAUAGAGGAAGCUUGGAGUAGAUCAAUCUUAAGUAAAUCAAUGUGAAGAUUAGUUCUUCGAUGUAAAGCUAAUAUGUGUUAAGAUUAGUUCUUUAAUUUAAAAUUUUAAUUUUUCUUCAAUAUAAAGAUUUGUUAUUCAGUGUAAAGCUAAUAUAGGUUAAGAUUAGCUCUUCAAUGUAAAAGUAAUCGAUACUAAAAUUAGCUCUUCAAUGUAAUGCUAGUUAGUGUAACGAGCCUAACGACUAGCUCUUCAAUAGAAAGUAUAAAAAUGUUAAAUCAUUUGAAAUUAGACAAUUUAGAUAGAACAAUUAGAGAUGCUGAAUGUGGUACGUAUUAAAAUAUCAA